CGGGGACUGACCUUCGUAGUUUCAUAUUACCUACACUCGGAUACAAUACAAUCGUCAGGUGAACGUGGUCGGAUAAGCACACGAUUCCGCCUCGUAUAUACCGAGUGUCGACGUUCAAAAUGGCCACCACGGUAUGAGGUGUUCCUCGAGAUCGCGCUCCCAAUGAAAUGUCGCCAUUUUUGGCUCGGAAUUGUGUGCGUGAAUUGUUUUAGCCUGAUUCGAAAUUAGUCAGAAAAAUACUCUCGAUUUUUGUGAGGGUGUUUGUGAAGUGUGGCGCAGGUGCUCAACAGCGAUGUCAAAUAUUCGAAUAAUGACAGUCAUCAGGAGGAACCAAAGCCAGUAGAAGGGAAAAAUUAAACAUGCUGCACCAAAACUCAUACAAAUCCAUGUACAGACCCAACUUCUACGAAAGCACUUGCCUGCGAUGCAACGAGACCGUCUACCAAGUGGACCGCAUCGGUCCUCUGAAAGACUUCACCUUCUUCCACAGCGGCUGCUUCAAAUGCGCUGUCUGCGGCACGAAAUUGACCCUCAAAACGUACUACAACAACCAGCACCGGCAGGAGGAUAAGGAGGUGUACUGCAACAGUCACGUGCCGAAGAUUGGGCCGGGCCAUCUAGAUGGCACCUCGGUCGGAAUCCGGUCGGCCUUGAACGUGCCCAAGAGCUCGAACUUCGUCAACGAGCAGAUCAGGGGACCGUGGAGGACAGACGGAGAAGCUGUCCACGUGCGUACUCAAACGAACGGCCUAUCUCACCACCCCACCCAUGCCAGCCCUGUGGCGCAGUCCGGCAACCUGCAGCACAGCCCAAACUCUUACCACCCCCACCACAACCACCCCAAUAACCACCCCAACCACCACCGCGAACCGUCCCCCUCGUACCAGUACGGCAGAUUCGAUGCCAGCGCGCUCCAUAUCGCGCAUGCGCUCAAGCAAACCGAAUUGCAGAAGUCCUACAAGGUCAACCGGGAGAAGCCCAUCGAUUGCUAUCUGGACAGAGAUGAACAAAGAAGACUGGAGAUGCGGCAUAGGAAAGAAGAAGAUGAUUUGUACACGAAAUUUCAAAGACAGAGGGAAGAAGAAGAUAGACGAAUUCGGGAUGAAAUUAGGAAUGAAUGGGAGAAAGAACUGGAAAGACUCACGAGCAGGUUCGAGAGAGAACUGCAGAUGAAACGAAGACGAGAUGACCAGAACAAUUUGACCUUGAGGCAUCAGCAGGAAAAAGAUGACUUGGAAAAAAAUAUGACGCUGAGGCGAGACAAGAAGAAAGAAUCUUUAACAAGAAAAAUGCUAGAACAUGAAAGGGCAGCAACGGCAGCAUUGGUCGAAAAACAGAGCAGCGAAAUGUUGGAAUUGAUAAAUGAAAAACGCAGCGAGUACAUGCAAGCAGAAUCGCUGUAUUUGGACCAGAACGACGGAUUCACUGAAGAACUUCCGCCCUAUCCGAGUCAUGCUCCGGAUCCUUCACCUCCUACACUAAGCAAAUUUCAGGUAUAUAGCGACCCAAUUGAAUUCGCCAAUGUCGAUCAAAUCGCAAUUUCUGUUGCCCAAGAAGAUCAAAAGUCGUUUACUGACUUGGUGAGGCAAUUGGUGGGACGGUGUGGCUCCGACAUAGAAAAGGCUAGGACUAUAUUUAGGUGGAUUACAGUGAAAAAUUUGAAUACUAUGUCAUUUGACGAAAACUUGCGAGGGGAUUCUCCGAUGGGUCUUCUGAGAGGCAUAAAGAAUGGUACUGAGAGUUACCAUGUUUUAUUCAAGAGGUUAUGUAGUUACGCCGGUUUGCACUGCGUGGUGAUCAAGGGCCACUCGAAGUCGGCGGGGUACCAGCCAGGCGUGCGCUUCUCUGAUUCCAGAUUCCGCAACUCCUGGAACGCUGUGUACGUGGCUGGCGCGUGGCGGUUCGUGCAAUGCAACUGGGGCGCCCGCCAUCUUGUCAACGCCAAGGAGGCGCCCAAGCAGGGCAACAAGACCAAGUCGGACAGUUUGAGAUACGAAUAUGACGACCAUUACUUCCUGACCGACCCCAAAGAGUUCAUCUACGAAUUCUUUCCCCUGCAGCCGGACUGGCAGCUCCUCAAAAACACCAUCACCCUGCAGGAAUUCGAGGAGCUGCCCUUCGUCAGAUCUUUGUUCUUCCGAUAUGAACUUUAUUUUUCGGAUCCGAACACCAAAGCUGUCAUGUUCACGGAUUCCACUGGUGCGGCAACAGUACGGAUAGCAAUGCCUGCCCACAUGCAGGGCAGCCUGAUUUUCCACUACAACCUCAAAUUUUAUGACAGUGAAGGGGAUACAUAUGACGGGGUGUCGCUCAAACGUUUCGUCAUGCAGUCAGUAGUGGGCAACGUGGUAGCCUUCAGAGUGCACGCUCCUCGCAGCGGCGCCUUCCUGCUGGACAUCUUCGCGAAUGCGGUAACACCCGAGCAGUACCUCACCGGCGAGCCGAUGAAGUUCAAGAGCGUGUGCAAAUUCAAGAUCCGGUGCGACGAGCUGCGCACCGUGAUGGUGCCGCUGCCGGACUGCGCGAGUGGCGAAUGGGGGCCCACCAAGGCCACGCGGCUGUUUGGGCUGGUGCCCAUAACGCAUCAGGACGCUUUGAUAUUUGCCGACUGGGAGCUAGAAAUCCAAUUCAGGAUGUCGAGAAGGCUGACGGACUUCAUGGCGACGUUACACAAAAAUGGCGUCGAAGAAAAAUCUUUGUCGAAAUUCGUGUCCCACAAUAUUUCCGAUGACAUCGUCACGUUCAACAUCAGUUUUCCUGAGGAAGGUCAGUAUGGUUUGGACGUUUACACCAGAGAAAUGUCAUCUGCGGUGGACAACAACGGGGAAAAGCACUUGUUGACGCAUUGUUGCAAAUACUUGAUCAACUCUUCGAAGAGGAAUUGAUCGAACAAUGUGUUUUGGGUGACUUGAUUUGAUGAGGAAUGAAAUUCUGAUUUGAAUUUUCGGUAGGCAGACAUCGAAACAUAACACACUCCUAACACUAACAGUUUUGGUAGGUGUCGUUAGAGGAAUAAUUUCGCUGAGGUGCAAUAUACAUAGAUAUGUUUGUUAAAAUUAUAUAUUUUUUAUAUUCGAGAUGUUAUAUAUCUACAACAUGUUUCCAGGAAAUUUGCGGUCAGUAUUAAAUCAUUUGUUGGUUCUCAAAAUCUGAAAUAAUCGUCAACUGGAGUUUAAUAUGUCCACUUCCAACAUGGGAUGGUUGAUUCAAAAUCAAGAAUAAUUUGACGCAACAAUAAGGAAUUUUGAUUGAGUGCUCCUCAAAAUGAACAUAAUGUAUAUAUUACCAGAAUAUAAGUAUAGAUAUCCUGAAAGGAUCCGAAUUUCUAUUUGAUGGACUACAAACUUUGGACUAUCGAUUAAGAGAUUUUUUGAAUGACUGCGAAUUUUUGGACACUCCUUAUUUAUGAAUAUUGUUGUAAUGUUAUUGUUUGCAUUAUUAUAUUUUAAUUAUACAUGGAACUAUUUUUAUAUAUUCAAAUUCAAAUGAUUCUUUUAACAGCUGGCACUCAUUGUAUUUAUCAUAGUUGAUAAUAAUCCGUUCUAAAACCGAAAAAUUUGAUAAUAAACGAUAUAUUUA